GUUGAAAGCCUUUUGAUGCAUUUUAAAUACUGUUUCCACCAUAAGCUAACGAGUUUUUGUUUUUACAGGGCUGACUUGCGUUAUAAUGUUACAUUGCUGAGGGCCAAAUUUGAUGAGAACAAAGACGUCAAAGACCUGCGUGUUGCCAAACAACUUUACGAGGAUGGAGAAAACUUUCUCUUCAAGUCCAUGCAUCCAAUUCCAAAGAAAUUCCCACAUUCUCCUGGAGGAGUCGCCUACGGUCGUGUAGUCAAAGUGCCGGACUGGCUGCUGGACUACUGGGAUCCCAUCGAGAAGGCUGCUUAUCCGAAAUAUUUCGCGUUGCGCGAGAAGCGCAAGAAAGAAUACCUCGAAAUGUGGGACAAGAAACAUGGACGUCCCGAACCCGUUGAACGUUAGACCGCAUUUUCUUAGAGUGAUCUCAAGGCGAAACAAUAGUGGGGAAAAAUGCGAGAUAAGUUGUACAGGCAAAUUCUAUUCAUGUAUGCUAUGAAUUUACUCGGGAUUAUUGAACAUAUUGUGUAUUUCCUCUUCGAUUUAUGUUUCAGGAUAUGUUGUAUUCUUUAAAGAAUGUAGUGACGGGACAACGGAAAAUUAAAAUUAAAUGUAUAGUGUGAUGAACAGUAAAUCCUGAAAACGGUA